GCACAUGCCGUAGCCUCUCUACUCCACUCACAUCCUCUCGCCCUUCCUCAAGCAGGAGCAUAUAUAGCUCGAGGCUACUAUACGUUGAAAGAUUAUCCGAAAGAGUAUCAACGACAACGAAAGCGCUUGAUGAGAUUUCGGCCAUCCCAGGCACGGUCUCGGGACAGGGACGUCUAUGCGACUUUUGAGGCAUCGGCUGAAGUGCUCCAGUCAACCAACACCGAAUCGGCCAGUGAUUCUCUACAAGUAUUAAGUGUCUUGGCUUCGCUGGGGUCCAGUUGGCUGCCACUCCAGCUAUUCGAAGCUGGAUGGAACGGAGCUCAAACCGUAUCAUCGGACCUAUGACGAUGAUAGAGACUUAAGUCGCCUCACCCCGUGGCAUGUUCAUCGUUUGCUCCCGCCAAUUUCAGCCGAUAGUGAGGGUUGGGACUCAUUUCGACUUAUCGGGGCUAUUAAUCUUCUCUAGGGCUUCUCUCUCAUCUCAACCGAUACUUCUGACGGUAGGGGGAUGAGUAUCUCUAUGCACCCGCUAAUCCAUGUUUGGGCGAACGACCGACUCGAUGCGACUAUGCAGCACGAAUCGUGGGUUCGAGCGGGAUGUUUGGUGGCAAUUUCUCUCCAGGACAGUCACUUAUGGUAGCAACACCAAUGGCAACUUCAACCUCAUGUGCAUGCGUUGGUGUCUUGGGAAACCGACAGAAUGUUUAUGUCCGAGCCUUCUGUCCCGAUUGUUCGUAUUUUGAUGACAGGCGGUGCCACUGUUGGAGCGGGUGGUCACGAUCCAAAAGCAGACACUGGCGGAGGAUCAUCCAGAUCGACUGGCGUCGCAGCAUGAAUUGGCGAGUGCAUAUCAGGAUAAUGGACAAGUCAAGGAGGCGGUGUCAAUGUUACAGCAGGUGGUCACGAUCCGAAAGCAGACAUUGGCGGAGGAUCAUCCAUCUCGAUUGUAUCGCAGCAAGUAUUGGUGAGUGCGUAUCAAGCCAAUGGACAGAACAAGGAGACGGUGUCGCUACUGAAAGAGGUGCUCGAGAUCAGGGAGCAGACGCUAGUGGAGGAUCAUCCGGGUCGACGGGCGUCGCAGCAGGCACCGGCUAUAGCAUAUCGAGCCAAUGGACAGAUCACGGAGGCGGUGUCACUCCUGAAAGAGGCGCUAAAGAUCAAGGAACAGACACUGGCGGCAGAUCAUCCGGAUCGACUGGCAUCACAGUAA